AUCUAACUUCCAAGGUCACAUACUAUAACAAAUGUUGUUGUAGUGCAGAUUUUUUUGUCAACAACCUUUUUGUUGUCACACUUAUCCCAAGCAAUAGCAUAAUGUUACAGUAAUGAAUAGGAGUUCAAAAAGAUAUUCAUUAACCUAUUUAUGUAAAGAGGAAUCUUCAUAAAUAAACUACAGUAUGCGGGAUUGCUUUAAAUAUUUGUAUUCUAAUAGUUAUUCUAUUCAGUGCAGUCUAUAGCUAUAUUUUUUUCACCAAAAGAUAGCAUAUUCCUAUAUUGUAUAAUUUUUCGUCCGGGUAGUUUUAAUUCAGAAUACACUUUCAACCCUGUCUUACGCUCAGAUCCCGUUUCAGUACCAUGGACAGGUUCCUCUGCGCCUUCAGCACGUUUCCCCGUCGUGCGCUCUGCUCUGCCUUGCCAAGAUGUUAAACCAUGCAUCAGGGCAUCACGACAAUGGUCCAUCAUGUUCUAGACUCUUAGCAGAUACCAGAUUUGUGAUAGCAUGGAGCAUCCUUGAACUUUAAAAUACUUAGUUAGAAUGUACAUUGUGUUUUAGUAAGUAAGUUGUCUUUUUGCAGUGCAAUCUGUCAUUACAGGUUCACUGGAAGCCUAACAAAACGUGAAACAAUAGGCUAACUGGUUUUGUCUUGCGGACAUGGCUUAUGUAUUUGAUUGACGUAGGCAACUGAACAUAGUAUUAAAAUAUUGAAUAUCAGGAAAAAAAACGUAUUUUCUGUGCUGCAGACCUUGGCGUACAGCAUCAACUGUCCCUCAACACUUGCGUUUACUUUGAACGGAGUCGCCUCAUUUACAAGCAGUUUAUGCAGUUUGCACUGACGUCAAUGGAGCUAUCUUGGAUGUAUAUAACCGUUCAGACAGAGGCGGUCUAUCCCAAUCGCAAUAUAGCGGGACUUUUCUGACCGGGAUCUUCAUUGACACUUUCAUAGUCAGUGUGCAACUUUUUCAGCAUCAGGAGACAAAGGCGCAGUUUUGUUCGACUGUCCAGCAUUAUGAAGCCUUUGUCCCUGUUCAUGUUCCUUGCCACUGUUCUCCUGACCUCUCACAUCGCCCCCAGUGUUUGUCGACCACGGGAUAUGGCCAUGUUCGACGGCCACGGCUACAAGAGUCAACUGGACAAGGUGUUGAUGAAAGCUGGCGACAACGCAGUUUCAUACCUUAUAGGAGAAAAUAUACUGCGGUAUUUGCAAAGAAAUCCACGGUUGCAGACAGAUCUUCCGCCACAGUUUCCCUUUGAGGUGACGCCCAAGGGCUCGAGGAGUCAUGGUCACCUGGCGCACAGUUUGCUGCCCCUGGAAGACCAACUCGCAACUGAAGAGGGCGACAGCCUGGAAGACUUGGUGCAGUUGACCAAGAGAAACGAUGACCCGCCGAUCUCCAUCGACCUUACUUUCCACUUGCUGAGAAAUAUGAUCGAAAUGGCGAGGGUCGAGAGCCAGAAGGAGCAAGCAGAGUUAAAUCGCAAGUAUCUAGAUGAAGUUGGAAAGUGAUACAGCACGUUUCACCAACAAGGAAGAAAACUACUUACAGAAAGCCCCUGCACUCAAACCCAGAAAAUAGUUUAGACUUAUUUGCAUUUAAUUGUUAUUUUCUAAUUCAUCCAUCGCCAUAACGCACCCACCCAGUGCGUAAAAGUAACAUCACAGUAAAUCCUUAAAAAUGAUGACCAAGACCCCAGAUACAGAGGACCUAUAAUGGACGUGCUGCGCCUAAAAAAACUAUUCCAUAGUGAAUUACCUGGACCUAACAUUUCUAGUAUAGGCCUAGUCUCAUAUUUGGAUGUCAAGAACAUUAUAUUAAUAUUGCCAGAAUCGAAUUAGGUACCGCUUAUGAGCAUUUUUAACUAAGUUGAUUUCAAAGGCAGCAUAAGUUGGUCCAAUGUUCAUUACAUAAGCAAGUCAGCUGACCAUUAGACUAAAUGGAAGUUAACAAUAAAUAUGGAAAUGUUGACAAAUGCUAUAACACACCAAAGGAAAAUUCUGCUUUGAAAAUUAUAUUGCUCUUCUGUUCAUGUUCAGUUGUUUGACUCCUUUUGUUAAUCUGUACUGUAUAGCCAAGUGAAUAUCUAUUUGCCCUUGUUAUGACCACUUGGAAGGCAUUUAGCAAUGCCCAGGCAUUUUCCUUAUAAAAAACGAUCAAUUCACCCUUAUAUGGGACAAUGUGAACAUAUCCUACACUUAAACCACGCCUACUCUCCUAGAUGUAUUUAUCUGAGUGAACUUCUGUACUGUACCUAGCAUGCUUACCUUAAACAAAGAUACAAGAAAAAAGAGAAUGCUUCAUUUUAUGCAGACUGUUUAGUAAAUUUUCAAUCAUAUGAUCAUAUGGUAUGAUCCCAUGGUUAAGCAGUAAAGAAAAGCUUUUUUUUGCCAUUUAUAUUUUUUAAUAAAAAAAGUUCUG